AUGCAGAUUUUCGUCAAGACCCUCACGGGGAAGACGAUCACCCUUGAGGUGGAGUCUUCCGACACCAUCGACAACGUCAAGUCCAAGAUCCAGGACAAGGAGGGCAUCCCCCCUGACCAGCAGCGACUCAUCUUUGCUGGCAAGCAGCUCGAGGAUGGACGCACCCUGAGCGACUACAACAUCCAGAAGGAGUCCACCCUCCACCUGGUCCUCCGCCUCCGUGGUGGUAUGGCCAAGAAGCGCAAGAAGAAGGUCUACACCACCCCCAAGAAGAUCAAGCACAAGCGCAAGAAGACCAAGCUGGCUGUUCUCAAGUACUACAAGGUCGACUCUGAUGGCAAGAUCGAGCGACUUCGACGCGAGUGCCCCAGCGACACCUGCGGCGCUGGUGUCUUCAUGGCUGCCAUGCAGGACCGCCAGUACUGUGGUCGCUGCCACCUCACCUACGUCUUCGACAAGCAAUAA